AUGGCUUGGGGCCACGAUUACUGUUCAUUUUUGCAUGCGAAGCAUGCUCGAUCCAUGCUGCACCUACUGAAAGAAACCCUAGAUAAUGUUCAGCUAAAACCGGCCUCGGAAGUGCCCUUCACCGUGGCGGAUUUAGGCUGUUCUUGUGGCAACAAUACACUCUACAUCGUUGAUGUCAUUAUCAAGCACAUGAUCGAGCGGUACGAGUCCUCGGGAUACGUGCCUCCCGAGUUUUCCGCCUUCUUCUCCGACCUCCCUAGCAAUGACUUCAACACUCUAUUUCAACUCCUCCCACCUAUUGCCAAAGGUAGCAUGGAGGAGUGCCUAGCCACCGAUAACCACCGCUCUUACUUCGUCGCCGGCGUGCCCGGAUCAUUUUACCGCCGGCUUUUCCCUACAAGAUCAAUUGAUUUCUUCCACUCUGCAUUCUCCUUGCAUUGGCUAUCUCAGGUACCAGAGAGUGUGCAAGACAAGAGAUCACCAGCAUACAACAAAGGGAGGGUGUUCAUCCACAAUGCAAAUGAACAGACAGCAAAUGCAUACAAAAGCCAGUUCCAAAGAGACUUGGCUGCAUUUCUCAAAGCAAGAUCACAAGAAAUGAAGAGAGGAGGGUCAAUGUUUCUUGUCUGCCUAGGCAGAACCUCACCUGACCCCACUGACCAAGGUGGCCCCGGCAUCCUCUUCGGGACCCACUUUCAGGACUCUUGGAAUGAUCUUGUUCUCGAGGGCCUUAUAACAAGUGAAAAACGUGACACUUUCAACAUACCAGUGUAUGCAUCGAGCUUACAAGACUUUAGGGAGGUGGUUGAAGCAAAUGGGUCAUUCAGAAUCAACAAGCUAGAGAUAUUCAAAGGAGGAAGCCCCCUUGUGGUUAGCCAGCCCGACGAUGCGACUGAGGUCGGUCGAGCUCUCGCCAACAGCUGCCGGAGUGUGGCUGGGGUACUUGUUGAUGCCCACAUAGGUGACCAACUUAGUGAGGAGCUAUUUUCAAGGGUUGAGCACCGAGGUUCAAGCCAUGCCAAAGAGUUACUAGAGCAGCUGCAAUUCUAUCAUAUAGUUGCAUCCCUCUCUUUUGAAUAGAGAGAAUUAUUGUACACAAAUA